UAAAAAGACUCAAAAACAUAUUUCCCCCCAAUUAUUAUUAGGAUACCGAGUAAAGAUGUUAAUUUGAUUCUGUUUGGAGUGUAGGGAGACUGUUCGCUGUAUGUCUACAUAGCUAACAUGCCACCUCGGAGUGGAUCCAGUUCUUCAAGGAUGCUGGGAUCCCUGCUGGUCUUGCUGUCAACUAUGCCGUGUCUUUUGUGGACAACAGGAUCCAGAAGAGCAUGCUGAUGGAUCUCAGUAAGGAGAUCAUGAUGGACCUGGGCAUCACUGUCAUCGGUGACAUUAUUGCCAUCCUCAAACACGCCAAACAGGUCUACCGACAGGACAUGUGCAAAAUGGCCACACAGGCCAUAACCUCAGGACAGUCCAGCAUUCAGACCGAACUCAGAAGAACUGCCAACACCCCCGCCACACGUAUGAUUGCCAACGCCUUGAGCCACGACUCACCGCCAACCACACCAGCCCAUCACCCGGACAACCGGGCAAUCUCUGUGACCGUGUCGAACAAACAGGCGAAGAGUGGCAAAGCAGUGCUGAGCCGACCUGCUGACGAUGGGAACGGUCUGCCGGCAAAGCGUCGCCGCGUGACUGCAGAGAUGGAAGGCAAGUACAUCAUCAACAUGCCCAAAGGCACCACGGCACGCACCGCCCGAAUCCUGGCCCAGCAGGCCAAGAAAGGGAGCAAGCGGAUGUCUGUGUUUGAGCGACUGGGAGCUGAGUCCAAAGCCGAUACCACCACGGGCAGCAGCAAGGCCACGGGUGUGUUCAGUCGUCUGGGCCGAGCAGACGAAGCAGAGGAGGAGCAGGGAACGGCAGGAAGGGUUGAUGUAGACGGAGCAGAGCAGGAGGAGAAGGAGGAUGAUAAUAGUGAUGGAGAGGGUUCGGUCCUACAGUACGCUGGCGUCCUAAAGCGACUCCCUCCCUCCCAGAAGAAAGAGCCUGUGGCCCCCAAGCGGGCCCCCACCACCCUCCGCCGCCUAGGAGUGAAGAUCAAACUCCCCCCUACUGACUCUCCCUCCUCCUCCUCUUCCUCCCCCAAUGGCCUCCCCCCUGCCAAGCGCAGCGUGCUUCAGAGACUGGGUAAACCAAAUGCCUCCCCACCGCCGGCCGACACCCAGGACAGCCGUGUGACCAGCACCAGAAAUAAGGCCCGGCCAGGCCUGGUCCUGGCUAGCCCCAAGGUCAGCAGCAGCACCAGGGUUGGAGGAGGGGAGAGUUUUGGGGCUCAGAUGGACGUAGGGUCAGUCAAUGUCUUUAAGAGACUGGGCAGCAAGAGGACCUAACGCAUAUCAGGCCACGAUUAGACCUAUACCGUUUCAUUAUCUUUAUAUUAUUUGCAUCCGUCCAGAAGACUAGUUAUUGUGACAUGUUGGUAACAUCACAUAGACAGCUAGCCUGGGUACCAGUCUGUUUGCGCUAACAUUCCCCUCCCUGUCAUGCUAUGUUUAUUAUAUGACACGGAGUACAAGAGGUGCAAUGUUAGCACAAAACAGGUCUGCAUUUUAGGCUUACUGCUUCUAGGAGUUGGCUCAGUGAUGAAAAGGGAUUGUGGGAAUGCAUGAUGUAAUGUUCACCGUAUCACCUCAGCACUCGCCUCCACCGGGCUGUGACUACCGGGUACAGUCCACCUAAGACGUUCAUGCUGUAACACUAGUCCGGCAACAACGGCAACAGGCAAACAACACAUAAAGCAACCUCUUAACCCACAAGCAAGAGCAUCUCAUCAGCCUCAUUUUUAUAUGAACUGCAUUUGUAGAAAAGUGUAGACUCAUAUUGUUGUGAAGGCUCCACCACCACAUUGAACCUCUGGUUGUGUACAACGAUCCGCUUGAAAGCCAAGAUAUUCAGAGUUGUCUGUUCACAGAAUAGGAAGUCACCCACCAUUGACCUGUAUGUAGAUGUUAUUGUGAGUUUUUUUCCCCAGGGCUUAUUCAGUACAUUGCAGAUAGAAGUGUAACGUAUAGAGUUUUAUUGACUAACAAAGAAUCAUGUUAGUUCUGCACCAUACAUUUCUAUCUAUACUGAACAAAAAUAUAUACGCAACAUGCAACAAUUUCAAUGAUUUUACUGAGUUAUAGUUCAUAUAAGGAAAUUAGUCAAUUUAUAUAAAUUCAUUAGUCCCUAAUCAAUGGAUUUCACAUGACUGGGAAGGGGCGCAGCCAUGGGUGGGCCUGGGAGGGCAUAGGCCGACCCACUGGGGUGCCAGGCAUAGCCAAUCAGAAUUUGUUUUUCACCACAAAAGGGCUUUAUUACAGACAGAAAUUCUCCUCGGUUUCAUCAGUUGUGCAGGUGGCUGGUCUCAGACGAUUCACCAGGUGAAAAUGCCAGAUGUAGAGGUCCUGGGCUGGCAUGAUUACACACGGUUUUUAAGGCCGGUUGGAUGUACUGCCAAAUUCUCUAAAACGGCGGAGAUUAUGGUAGAUUAUCUGGCAACAGCUCUGGUGGACAUUCCUACAGUCAGCGUGCCAAUCACAAUCUCUCCAAAUGGCAUUGUGUUGUGUGACAAAGCUGCACAUUUUAGUGGCCUUUUAUUGUCCCCCAGCACAAGGUGCACCUAUGUAAUGAUCAUGCUGUUUAAUCGGCUUCUUGAUAUGCCACACCUGUCAGGUGGAUGGAUGAUCUUGGCAAAGGAUAAAUGUUCACUGACAGGGAUGGAAACGCAUUUGUGCACAACAUUUGAGAUAAAUAAUAUGUUUGAGUAUGCAACAUUUCUGAAACAUGGAACCAACACAAGUUGUGUUUAUAUUUUUGCUCAGUAUACAUGUUGUGUAAUGUUGUGCUUUCCUGAAUAACACCCUGGUUUGCCAUUAUUCCGCAUGGUACAGGAACUGAUAUGUAAAUGUCCCCUUGAUAUUGAUACAAUACUUAAGAGGUGUUCACCCAACUUUCUAUCUUUAGAAAAAAAUGUUUUUAUUGAACUUCACCAGAACUUUGCUACACUGUAUAUACACUGCUCAAAAAAUAAAGGGAACACUUAAACACAA